CCCUGGAACAGCCAGUCCAGCUAAGCCAGAACCGGUCGAGGCCAGCCAGGCAGCCAACCCAGCUAGCCAACGAGGAAUCCUAUCCUAACGCACGCACGCACACACCCCAUCGCUCGAUCCCCUUCAGCCGCACGCCCUCUUCUUCCUCGCGAGGUCACACCUCCCUUUCUCCUUGCUUCCUCCCCCCACCUCGAUGGCCCGGCGACUCCUGCUAGCCUCGCUCCAGCCACGCGCGAGCUGCGCCCCUACCACUCCUGUUCUUCCCCCCGACAUGCGCCACCUCGCUCAUCUCGUUCCGGAACUCCCGGCUACCUCCCGCUCCGAUCUCCUUCACUUCCGCCGGCAGUUGCAGCGGGAGGGACUGGUGCUGGACGAGGGCGCGAUGGUCGGCAGUUGUCCCAGGCGGGGGAUGCAGUGGCAAGAUGGCGCCGCGCAGGAGGUGGAGAAGUGGUUCACGGCGCUCGUGCGGUUCAGAGGUCUGGUGCCUUCUGAUACGGGGUGGCCUUCGGACACCGCCUCCUCAAGACCGACAAGCCCUCCUCGUGGUCCAAUGACACGAGCUCGAGCCCAAGCCCUACACCAAGAGGUACAUCGACCAAGACACAAGCCACGGAGAACACGCCAAGGAAGAGGGAGCUGGAAAUGAUGAAAAUAGAUCUACAGCGCCCAUGCUGGAACUUCCGCCCCAAGGACCGGAACUUCCGGCCAGAUGCCUUCCAGAUGCCUUCCAGCGCCCAGGAAAAAGGAUCCAGCCGGAACUUCGGCCCCGAGGGACCGGAACUUCCGCCCAAGUUCCGCCCUAGUUCCGAAAUUGCGCCAAAACAACAUUGGAUAGUGCCGCAAGGAAAUUGGCCAUUUCCGGAACUAGGCCGGAAGUUGGCCGAAACUUCCGGCCCCCAGGACCGGAACUUCCGCCCAGAUGCCGCCAAUAUGUUGUCUGAAGAGAAUCCAGCCGGAACUUCCGCCCGACCGGAACUUCCGCCCCCUGAGGCCGGAACUUCUGCCCAUACGGGUUUCAGCACCAAAACUGGCCGACUCAGCUUGUAACUAACCCCUUUGCCCCACCAACUAUAAAUAGCCUUGUUGGCUCAGAUCUGAGAUUAGACUUGAUGUGAAAUUAAACCUGAGCUUUGCUCACCCUUGUGGGAACCCUACCUAGAUCUUAGAUCUUGUACCCACCCGGGCUCCUUAUCGACUCGUGAAGAUCUCUUUGGUGACUUC